ACAAAGCGCCAGGAGCACCUCCCUGGCUGCUCAGAGCAGCUGUUAGCUCAGCUCAAGCCCGGCUGCUUCCCAGGGUGGAGGGGGGGGAAAAGGAGGAGGGGAAGAAAAGAAGAAGAAGAAAGUCUGGAAGAAGGACUCAGAAGCUUUGCGGGCUUUGGAGUCUCUUCCUCUCGGAGCGCAGCGCCGCUGAACUUGGAGAUGGUAGCCGGGAGGUCGUGGUGAGGCCCCGGCGGGGGUCCCCCAAGGCUCGGGAAGGAUGGCGUGCUGUACGGGGCGCUGCACCCUAAUUUUCCUCUGCACUUUACAGCUGCUUGCUGCCUUAGAGAGACAAGUGUUUGAUUUCCUGGGAUACCAAUGGGCUCCAAUUCUUGCCAAUUUCCUCCACAUAAUCAUUGUCAUCCUUGGCCUGUUUGGUACAAUCCAGUACAGGCCACGCUACAUCGUGGUGUAUGCCAUCUGGACAGCCAUCUGGGUCACUUGGAACAUCUUCAUCAUCUGCUUUUAUUUGGAGGUUGGCGGACUUUCAAAGGACAGUGAGCUCUUGACCUUCAACAUCUCCCGGCACCAGUCCUGGUGGAGUGAAAACGGUCCUGGAUGUGUAAGGAAGGAGACUCCCAUGGUCGGCAUCAAGGGCUUGGACAGCCAUUCCUACGUCUCCGUGAUCGGUUGCGCUUUGGAAUAUCGCUACAUCGAGGUCAUGCACAGUGCGAUGCAGAUUCUGGUGGCGCUGGUGGGCUUCGUCUAUGCCUGUUACGUUGUCAGUGUUUUCACAGAAGAAGAAGACAGCUUUGAUUUCAUUGGUGGAUUUGACCCAUUCCCUCUCUACCAUGUCAAUGAAAAGCCCUCCAACCUUUUGUUCAAGCAGACAUACCUGCCUGCGUAAGUGACAAGGAUCCAGACUCUGGACAGACUGAAACCAUCCAUCCAGAUUCCCCAAAUGCCAGAUGUCCCAGAUGCAAAAAGAUGGGAAACUACAUUCCACUUGAAAGAACACAAAAACACUGACACACAUGCAGAUACGCACAUACACAACAAGAUGACUGAACUCCGACAAGUGGGCAUUCAGGCCCAAAUAUCGUUUUGCUGGCCAGCCA